AUGGCUACCAUCAGCGAAAGCCCGCACCUGCAAAGUCAAACCGAACAUUUACAGAGAAAAUCGGACAAUAAAGGCGGUGCCGAUAUAGAAAUUGACAUCGAAAGAACCGUUACUUCGGAAGACGAACAACAUGGUAUCUCCAAGGAGAUCCCGUCCGGAGCACCCACCGCUGGAUACCACCGUUCCUUGACCCGACGCAAAGUCAUGAUGAUGACAUUUGGGGCGGGAAUCGGGACGGGCCUCUGGGUAGGUACUGGACAGGCAUUGCACUAUGCUGGGCCCGCUGGAAUUGCUGUUACGUAUACCCUCACUGCAAUGAUCGUGUAUGCCCAAUAUUCUGCCAUUGGUGAAAUGACAGCUUUCAAGCCGGUCCACGGUGGUUUCAUUCGGCAAUCCAUUGAAUACAUCGACCCGGCUUGGGGCUUUGCUAUCGGGAUGAACUUUUGGUUUUCUUGGGUCAUGAUCAUACCCGCAGAGAUCACAGCGGCUAUAUCAGUUCUCAAAUUCUGGCCCGAAACGGAAGUCGUUCCUCUCGCGGCAUACAUUACAAUCUUCAUACUUGUCAUAGGACUGGGAAACGUCUUUCAUGUACGGGUCUAUGGUUAUAUUGAAUACUGGAUGUCAUUCAUCAAAUGCCUGGCUAUUAUCCUCAUGAUUUGUUUCAUGUUCAUCAUGACAUCUGGAGGAAUCCCUGCAACUAACGGUCCCAUUGAAUUCCGGUACUGGAAAGACCCAGGCGCGUUCAAAAAUGGCAUGAAGGGCAUUGCCAAAGCAUUUAUCCAGGCCGCGUUUAGCUUUGGUGGCGGUGAGCAUAUUGCAGUCAUUGCUGGUGAAGUAGCCAACCCCAGAAGCACCAUCAAAAAGACAGUUCGCCCGGUAUUCUAUCGCAUGUUCACAUUCUUUGUAGUCAAUAUUUGGCUUGUUGGCAUGUGUAUUUCCUCCGAAGACCCUGAUCUGACCAACAAGGGAACUCUUGGAAGUCCCUUCGUUAUUGCCAUCAAGCGCGCCGAUGUCUACGGCCUGGCACAUGCUAUUAAUGGAUUCAUCUUCCUCAGUGUUAUUAGCUGCGGUAUAACCAGUGUCUAUGUCGCUAGUCGAAGUCUCACCGCUCUAGCCGAUAUGAACAUCAUUCAUCCAUUCUUUGGGAGGAAGGAUGAUCAAGGACGACCAUGGGUGGCCAUGAUUAUCAGUUUGAGCUUAGGAGGUGGACUCUGUUAUCUUAACGUGAGCAGCGUGGGUACUGUUGUUUAUGGAUGGUUUUCAGCAUUGGUUGGGAUUGCCACUUGCUUCGAGUGGAUGUCUUGUUUCAUAUCCGUGCUGAGAUUCCGUCAGGGUCUUAAGGCGCAAGGCAAAAACCUCCGUGAUCUGCCCUUUAAGGGAUUCCUUACUCCUUGGACUCAAUACCUGGGUCUGAUCAUCGUCGUAUUUAUUCUUGGAUGCGAGUUCUAUCUAUCAUGUUGGCCAUUCGGAGAGAAGGGUAGUGUGAAAAGCUUCUUUUCCACAUACCUAGCUGCUCCGUUGUUUGUGUUAGACUACGUUGCAUACAAGCUCUGGUACAAGACCAAAAUCGUCAAGCCACUGGAAAUGGACUUUAGCGAAGCAGAGUACUUUGAUGAAGAAGAUCGCUUGAACGCUAUAGCUGCAGAGCAAGAGAAGCCCACUGGAAAGGAGACAUGGACCAAGCGAGUGAAAUAUAUGUUGUUUGGGUGA